AUGCGGCUCCGCCGAAGAAGAAACGAAGAGGUGGCCCGAGAAGGAGAACAGGUAGGUAGCGGAUUGGCCGACUCAAAUGUUUGUUUACUGACCGACUCAGGAUGCGACACCUGCAAGCGUCGACAUACUCGGUGUGAUGAGAAAAAACCCAUUUGUGGAAACUGCGCACGUCUGGAUCUUGGAUGUGAAAAGACUGAAGCCGCCUGGAAGAUCGACCGCACGGCUCCUGUGCAAGAAAGAUAUGUUCAAGAUCCACAAGGUGCUCAAGAGGAAGCUACAAUCUACCACAAUGAGGCCCCAAUCUCGACACUGGAUAUCUUCCGGUCGCACUUGGAUGGUCUAGAUCGAUUGAUGGAGCUCACACCCCCAGAACUUGACCUAGCAACAGCAAUAUCUAUAUCGCCUCCAACAACAACCAACAGUAGCGGCUCAUCCGACAGACCCUCACUCAAUCCUGAAAGUGCAUUUCUACUUCAAACGUACGUCAAGACAGUAGCUACCUGGAUGGACCUUUUCGACCACAGCAGCACCUAUCAACUCAAAGUCCCGCAGUUGGCUCUUGCCUCACCACUUCUCUUCCACUGUGUCUGCGCAUUUACCGCUAACCAUCUCUCACUCUCCAACAUGAGUCUGAAUGCCUCUUGGAAGCUAGUCGCUGCACGACAUUAUGGCCAAGCUCUACAUCUGCUUAUCGACGCGCUCGAAGUGCCGUUCUGCGAGACAGCAAUGACAGGCAGCAUGCUCCUUCUAAGUUACGAAGUGCACGGUGCCAUCCGGUCCGAAGAUUACAGACGCCACUUUCUCGGCCUGACCAUGCUGAUCAAAUCGCACGGCAUCACUGCACAGUCCACAGGCACUGAUGGUGCCAACUUCUGGAUCUACUGCCGUCACGAGAUCGCCGUGUCAUUGGCAAACGAGAGACCAUUGGUCUUGGAUCCGGCAGAAUGGGGCGUGUCCUGGAAAGAAUACGAGACGCGAGAAGACAUACUCGGAAACCACUUGAUGUGGAUCCUAGCCCGGGUCAUCAAUCUCGUCUUUGGUCCAGAUGGAGGGAAAGAGACCAGUAGGUCCGCACGAGAAGAUUUCUUACGAGAGUUGGAAGCAUGGCGCGCUGGGCUGCCCGAGUGCUUCAUUGGGAUCCCGUACGGCGAUGCAGACGACGAUGGGUUCCGGAAGAUUUACUUCACCGUCGUUGCAGCGGCGGCUUCAGCUUUCUGGUAUCAUAUCACUCAUGUUUUGCUGUACGCCGAGCCCGUCUUGCAAGACGAAGGCUACAUUGCUUUGAUCCAGGACCAAGCGAUGCGCAUUACAAACAUCACCAUUUCGGAUUUCCCCGCUGCGCUUAAGGUAUUCUCAACGCAUGGGUUAUACUAUGGUAAGCUUCAUCUCACAUGUUUCCAGUUGCUGACUUCGUUUGCAGCAGCCAAGCAUAUACAGACUGUGUCCCAGAAAGCACGGGUUUGGAAUGUCCUCAAGGACAUUGAGACAGAUACAGGCUACCACACGCGAUCCACGGUGAAGAACCUGCAAGCCCAAGUAGAACAACGCAACACAUCUUGA